GCAUUGUCGCAGAUAUUGUGAUGCAGAAGGCUUUGCAACAAAUCCUGACCACAGGAGAGCGUCCCCUGAGGAUAGAUUUCAUCCGAAAAUACGUUGAUGAUCUCCUCCUCGCAGUGCACAAGGACGAUGUAUGCAGGAUACUGGAGAUUUUCAAUGCCUUCCACACACGCAUCCAAUUCACCAUGGAGAUUGAGGAGCAGGGAACACUGGCAUAUCUAGACCUCAGAAUCCACCGUAUGGAGGGAGGACAGAUGUACACUACCUGGUACUCAAAGCCAUGCGCAUCCCAUCGAAUGUUGAAUUACAGUAGCGCACACUCAAAACGAACUGUCAUAAAUGUAGCAAGAAAUUUUAUUAGAAGGGUGACCUCCCUGACCACAAAACCGGGGGUAAACAAUACAGGCACCAUCGAGGAGAUACUGAAGCUCAAUGAUUUCCCACGGAGGGUGAUCAACCAUCUCAUGAGGCGGGAAACCGUGGACAGGGAUGUGGAGAAUGCCACUGAAUCCGGCAGGAGAGGCACACAAUGUCAGUACUUCCCAAUCACAUACAUGCCGGGAACGGCAGAAAAGAUGAAAAAGAUAAUCACAUCCACCACGGGAUGUGGAGUUGCCUUCUCUGUGUCCGGGAAGAACAACAGAUACUUCUCCCGCGUAAAAGACCCAGUACCAAAGCUCUCCAGGUCAGGUGUGGUGUACUCUAUUCCAUGUGCAGACUGCCCAAAACGCUACGUGGGUCAAACAAAACAAUAUUUAAAAAUGAGAAUAGCACAACAUAAAAGAUCAUGCAGGGGACCGGAAGUGACUGGCGAACAGGAUGGGCAGGAGGAGGACAAUAAAACAGCACUAUGGAAGCAUUGGCAUACCACUGGGCAUAUGUUCAAAUUCGAUGACGUGGAGAUCCUGGAUACCCAAAGACACUACACAAGGCGUCUGAUCACAGAGAUGCUCCACAUACAAGAGAAUCUUCCCCUGCUGGUGAAUUCCAGGAGGGAUGUGGAGAGGCUCAGCAGUGUCUACACAAAUCUCAUCGCGCUAAACAAAACAUCAACAAAUAGACGGAGGGGAAGGCAAACUCAACGAAACACAUCGAUGAAUGAACGUCAAAUGGAAAGGGGAAAUGACACAGCGGAGAAUUGAAUUAUUCACAGUGACAGAGGCCGUUAAAAAUAGUUUCUCCGCCAAACAAAGAGAAUUAACACAAAUUGUACAAGAAAAGUAGGAAAAUUCAUUUAAAACCGAGGAAAAACCACCCCCAUAGAAUCAAAGAUCUCCCUCGCGAUGUUCUAUAGUAAUGUAAAAGUCAGUGACGUUAGACGUGUCCAAAGAAUCUGUUACGACCACUGAAGAAGGCCCGGAUAGGGGUUGAAAGCUUUGGGAAGUACGUCUUUCAUUUGGACGAGAAUCUCUACCCCUGGCGACGACCGGAAAC